AAAUCAGAGGUGAAACUUGCUUGUUUGUAUUGAAGUGUCUCUGAAUCAUUCCAACCUUUUCUGAAUCGCUCAAUUUCUAAGGAAUGACUGAGAGUGAACAAAAGCUCUCAUUCCUGCCUCAGGUGACUGAAGAACUUAGCAACGAAGUUUGAAUCCGGUCUCUCCCACGGAUUGUUGUGAACUCCAGAUUCGGCUACUGGUGUGUUUGAUUUCUUCGAUUCCAAUUUCACUACUGAUGUUUAUGACAAAGAAAUUGAUGUUGCAACGUUGCACGGAUCUUUAAACAGGUCAGAUUCGUCACAAAUGUGUACACCCAGCUUGGAGCAAUGAAAUUUUUGAAUUUUCGUUCUCUUAUCAUUUUUUCUGCCUUUCUACGUGUCUUCUUAAUUGUCUACGGAGAAUGGCAAGAUACUCAUAUGGAGGUUAGGUAUACAGACGUUGAUUACCUUGUUUUCUCUGAUGCUGCAUCUUUAGUAGUUGCUGGAAAAUCCCCUUACAAAAGAUCCACAUAUCGCUACUCUCCUUUGAUUGCAUUUCUUCUCGCACCGAAUUCCUUUAUUCAUCCGUCAUGGGGAAAGUUCCUUUUCUCUGCUUCAGAUUUACUUGUGGGGUACUUUAUCCGCAUAAUUCUGAAGCUUCGUGGAGUGCCUGAGAACCUAUGCUUUUACUCUGUAAUUGUAUGGCUUUUCAAUCCAUUUACCUUCACAAUUGGAACACGAGGCAACUGUGAGCCCAUUGUUUGUGCCAUCAUUUUGUGGAUCAUUAUUUGUCUCAUGAGAGGUAAUCUUUUUCAAGGGGCCGUUUGGUAUGGGCUUGUUGUUCAUAUGAGAAUCUACCCUAUAAUUUAUGCUCUCCCAAUUGUCAUAAUUCUUGAUCCUUGCCAUUUCCAUCCUGUUAGAAACCCAGUCAUCGUAGAUUGGAAUUCAAGAGAAGCCAAAUCACGUGUGAUUUCGAGAACCGCGAAGUUUGUUGAUUCACACCAAUUACGGGUUCUCUUCUCAAGCAUGUUCACAAGACCGAGAAUCUUGUUUGGACUGAUAUCAGCAACCAUUUUCUUCUUCUUCAGUGGAAUAUUCUUCUAUCUAUAUGAAUGGGAGUUCUUGCACGAGGCCUUGUUGUACCACUUAACUCGCACAGAUCCCAGACACAAUUUUUCCAUCUACUUCUACCACAUAUAUCUCAAUUACGAACGAGAUUUCUCAAUUUCAGAAAAGCUAAUCUCGUUUCUACCCCAGUUAACGGUGCAGCUUGUUCUCAUUUUCCGUUUUGCACAAGAUCUUCCUUUCUGUUUCUUUGUCCAGACAGUAGCAUUCGUAGCAUUCAACAAGGUAAUAACAGCCCAGUACUUUGUGUGGUUCUUCUGUCUUUUGCCACUGAUAAUACCAUGGAGCAACAUGAAGCUCAAAUGGGAAGGUAUUUUUUGCAUAUUAUUUUGGAUGGGAGCUCAAACUCAUUGGCUGUUUUGGGGUUAUAUGCUUGAAUUUAAAGGCAAGCAAGUCUUCUUACAACUUUGGGCUGCAAGUUUAUUGUUCUUUGCUGCUAAUACGUACACGAUGAUCACCAUCAUCCUCCGACACACAUAUUCUCCUGUUUUUAACCGCAUAGUCCCUGCCCGCUCAUGGAAGACCAGGUAACUAAAACCUCUCUCUUUGGGUUCGAUUUGACUUUAUCAUUGGUACAGGAUUUGUUGUAGUACAAGCGGCGUGAUUUACCCGAAUGAAUUUUUGAGAGAUUUAAUGUGUUCGUUUAGCUUUACUUAAGUUGGAUUUGUGAUGAUUGUAAUUUGACUCCUUUUUCUAAUUUUGGACCAUCUUGUCCCUAUCAACAAUCAUAUAGUAGCUAGUU